CUUCAACGUUCCAGAAUUUUACCGCUCACGGUAUCUAUCGCGUUCGUUUGGCUUCGUCUCGCUCGUUAGCCGUUUAGAUCGGCCUCUGUUUCUCUGAUCUCGCCGCGGCCACGGUCCAGUGUUAGGGAGGCUUCGUGCGAUCAGGAGAUGGGCCAGCAGUCGCUCAUCUACAGCUUCGUUUCGCGGGGGACGGUGAUCGUGGCCGAGUACACGGAGUUUACCGGAAACUUUAACAGCAUCGCUGCCCAGUGCCUUCAGAAGCUCCCCGCCACCAGCAAUAAAUUCACCUACAACUGCGACGGUCACACCUUCAACUACCUCGUUGAGGAUGGAUACACAUAUUGUGUAGUUGCUGUUGAAUCUCUAGGCAGGCAAGUUCCCAUUGCUUUUCUGGAGAGGGUGAAGGACGACUUCAGCAAAAGAUAUGGGGGAGGAAAAGCUACAACUGCUCCAGCAAAUAGCCUCAGCCGUGAGUUUGGGGCCAAGCUUAAAGAGCACAUGCAAUACUGUGUGGACCACCCCGAAGAGAUCAACAAGUUGGCGAAGGUGAAAGCUCAGGUUUCAGAAGUCAAAGGAGUAAUGAUGGAAAAUAUCGAGAAGGUUCUUGACCGUGGUGAGAAAAUUGAGUUGCUCGUUGAUAAAACCGAAAGCCUUCGGUCCCAGGCGCAGGAUUUUCGACAGCAAGGUACGACAAUGAGGAGGAAGAUGUGGCUACAAAACAUGAAGAUUAAACUGAUGGUUCUGGGCAUUGUCAUCGCACUGAUUCUUAUCAUAUUUUUGUCCUUUUGUCAUGGCUUCAAGUGCUUAUGAGGAUUGAUACAGAGUGCCGCAACAAUUUCUUCCCUCGUAUAAGUUGUUGUCAAACAUGGUGCUACUACUUAGUCUCUUUGUAUAGCUUAGUGCUGCAGAAACACCUGUCGAUUGUGGUUUCAGAUUCCUAUCACGAGCAAUACUUUUCUAUAUGUUAUUUUCUUCGUUGAUUUGCUAUUAGCUUAGCAUCUUCCGAAGAAUUGGCAUUAUUGUGGGCGACGAACGCAGGGUUUAUUUUCCUAAUAUGAAUAGUCAUAUUUACUACUUUGGGUUGA